CAUUUUUAUUUUAAAUCACACAAUAAUAUCAAUUACGCCCGUUUGUUUAUAUUAUCGGAGCUUAAAAGAGGCAAUCGAUGUGCGCGAGCGCAUCAGUGUGAUACUGUGAUCACUUGCGGCAGUACGGCCGCGGCACAGCCAGUAGCCAUGGGUUCCUUGACGUUGACACUCGUGUUCCUGUACGCCGUAUCCACGGUAUCUUGUACACCGUUCAUCAAUCAGUUACAGCCAGGACAAGAAUGGCCAACACGUAGUUCAGUUAAGCAGCCCUACCAUCAAUUCGAUGCAGUCGAAAAUGAACCUAAACCGAAUGUAGCAGAGCUAAAAACAGCAGCAACAGACGUUGAAAAAGAAAUUAUACCCGAUGAGAAUACACCAGAAGACCCAUUGGCAGAGACUGUAGAUAGAAUAGACUACAGCGGUGCACAGGUUUGGAAAGUAUCCAUAGAAGAUGUUCAAGUCCAACGCAUUAUUAAAAGACUGACGUCUGAUAAACUCAUCGAAUCAUGGGGAGGCAACCACUCAUCGUUAGAUAUAUUCAUAAAACCAAAGGCGCUUGAAAACGUGACGGCUGAAUUCAAAAAUGGCGACAUUACAUACGACAUCAUGAUCGAAGAUCUGCAGCAAAGAAUCGACGAAGAAAACCCUCCCUUGGACGAAAAUGAAUUAGAACUACAAGACAGACGAGGUCACCGCAUGACAUGGAAGCAAUAUCAUAGAUUAGACGAUAUCCAUGGCUUUUUGGACUACUUGGCGAAAACAUACCCGUCGAUCAUCAGUGUCAACUCAAUAGGAAAAUCUUACGAAGGUCGAGACCUCAAGAUGCUGCGCAUUUCAGACGGCAAAGCGGGUAAUAAAGCUGUCUUUAUUGACGGAGGAAUACAUGCUCGGGAAUGGAUCAGUCCGGCUGUUGUCACAUACUUCAUUAAUCAAUUCGCUGAAAACUUCGACGUCGAGUCUGAUGAUAUCAAGAACAUUGAUUGGUAUUUCUUACCAGUAGUAAACCCCGAUGGAUACGAGUACACGCAUAGGUCAGAUCGUCUUUGGAGGAAGAAUAGGAAGUAUGGAUUGGGUAUAAGUACUUGCACCGGUGCUGAUCUCAACAGGAACUUUGGAUAUCGCUGGGGAGGCAAAGGUUCAUCAGGCUAUCCCUGCAGCGACAUAUACCGCGGAAGUGGACCCUUCUCUGAACCAGAAACUAAGGCGAUCUCCGAGUUCUUUAAGAAUACUGCAGCGAAGUUCUCUGCUUACCUAACAUACCACAGUUAUGGACAGUAUCUGCUGUACCCAUGGGGUUAUGAUAAUGCACUACCAGCAGACCACAAAGACUUGGAUAGCGUUGGGAACCAGAUGGCUGAGGCUAUACGAAAGACUGGAGGUUCUCAAUACAAGGUUGGAUCAUCAAGUGGGCUGCUCUACCCUGCAGCUGGAGGAUCAGAUGAUUGGGCCAAGUCCCUAGGUAUUAAGUACACUUACACUAUUGAACUGAGUGACACUGGCCGUUACGGUUUCGUAUUGCCAGCUUCCUACAUAGAACCAGUUGCAAGAGAAAACUUAGCUGCCUUGAGGGUCCUUGCAAGUCAAGUGUAAUAACAUGACAUAACAUAAUAAUUAUUUAUUGUAAGUUUUGACACUCAGCGAUGUACAAAAUAAAUAGUAUAUUUAUUAUUUAAUAAUGUAUAAGAAGUGAAGACUGAGAGCCAGAUAUGUAAUCUUUGGCAGAUGCAUGAUUUUAAGAAUAAAAAUCUUUAUAAAUAA